GGAAACCGCCAUCACAGCCAUGAAUGGUCAAUGGUUGGGUUCACGUUCAAUACGUACGAAUUGGGCAACAAGAAAACCGCCAAACACCAAACCAGAUGCCAAUAGCAAACCUUUAACAUUCGAUGAGGUUUACAAUCAGAGCAGCCCCUCAAACUGUACCGUCUAUUGUGGUGGCAUGAAUGGCACGUUGGCUGGCUUUCUAAGCGAGGAAAUACUACAGAAAACAUUUUCACCGUUCGGCACGAUACAAGAGAUACGUGUGUUCAAGGAUAAGGGUUAUGCAUUUGUUAGAUACUCUACUAAGGAAGCGGCAACACAUGCAAUUGUUGCUCUACACAAUACGGAGAUAAAUCAACAGUUGGUCAAGUGUGCGUGGGGCAAAGAAAGUGGCGAACCAUUACAUAUGGCUGCCUUAGCAAGUCAAGCACUUGGACACGGAUUUCCGUUCGGUACAGCAGCUGCUGCAGCGGCAGCCUAUGGACAUCACGUAACCGGAUAUUGGUAUCCUUCUGCACCCACUGCAUACCAAACAGCAGCGGCUGCUGCAGCUACUGCAACACCAACAGCUCCAACAGCAGCAAAUACUUUGCAACCGGGUCAAUACUUACAAGGAAUGCAAGGAUUUACAACAUUUGGACAGUUUGGCGGUUAUCAGCAAGGCUUUAUGGGAAUGGGAGUUCAAGUACCCGGUACAUGGCAAAGUAUACCAGCCCAGGCACAAUUAUCUGGCACAACAGCACCACAAAUUACACAAACAGUUAGCAAUUCACUACCGCAAACUGCAGGAGUUGUGGCAUAUCCCAUGCAACAGUAUCAAGUUAAUCCUCAGAUUGCAGAAGAUGAAUGGCUGGCACCGAGUCUUCUGGUGUAG